AUGGACUUCACUGCCCUCUCAAGAGGCGGUCAGUCCAGCGAGUCCUCCUCAGAUCUCUAUCCCCAGUACCUCAGCGCCGACAACUCGGGCGGGGAGUCUUCGUCGUCAGCGACGAAGUCAAAUUCUCCGCUGCAGGCCAUCGUUCCGCGCGGGCCCUUGCCAAUAGCCCGGUUGGAUGCGCUCACCCGGGCUCCUGCGAAGAAGAAGGCCGAGAGGAGAGGGCACUUCAAGUCACGCAAUGGUUGUUUUAAUUGCAAGAAGAGACGCAUCAAGCCGACACACCAGAUACCCCUUUUCAGCAUGCAGGACAUGCGCUUCUUCCAGCACUUCCUCAUCCACUCGUUCCCGCACCAUCCACUCGGGAACGACAAGAUCUGGACCCACGAGGUCCCAUGCUUAUCCUAUAACGUGCGAAUCCCUCCCUGCCUGCGCUACGAGUUCCUGAUGCACAGUAUCCUGGGCCUCGCGGCCUCCGAGCUCAUCGCAAGCGACGCCUCGCUUGCUGAGGCAGCCAUGGCCCACCGCCUCAAGUCCAUACAGGCCAUCAAGCGGAAGCUGGCCUCCAGUGACCAGGGGAUCACGUACGCCGAGGGAAACGCGUUGAUCGCAACCUGCUUUGCUCUUACCUUCCAGAGCGUCAUUUUGGAGGACGGAAUGGCCGAGUACAUGGCGUUCAUCAGAGGCGUUAUCCUCAUAGUAAUACAGAUGUGGAAGGCCGGCGUGGACUUCAUGUUCCAGCAUCUGAUCAAGGGAGAGCAGGGCGAUCUCCUGAAGCCUCACAUAGAUAAGGUGAUCCUGCCAGACGGCAUGUGGGAGUGGAAGUCUGGAGCCUUGGCGUCAUUGGAGGGGAUAAAGCACUUCUGCCUUGGAGACGAGCUGAAGAUGAAAUACCACCAGAUGACGGAGGACAUGGCCAAUGGGCUCGAUGAGGAAUCGCCUUACAAGGCGUACAAAGCUAUGAGCGAUCACUACGGCUGGUGGAUAUUACUCCCGCACGAGCAGUUCUCCAGGAUCGUCGACCCCAGCGAUCAGGUCUUCAUCCUGCUGGCCGCGAACUGGAUUUCCAUUAAACAGAUCAUGGCCGUGAUCACAGAGGUCGAAAAGGCCUGGUCGCCCCAGAAGCAGAACGCGAAGGACAACAUCGAUGAGGGUUUGGGCCGGUGGCUGAGGUGGCUGAACAGGCAGGUCGAGCCGGGCCUCGUCAGAUAUAAUCAGUGGCCCAUGUGGGUGCAGGAGCAGCUGGAGAGGGACCCGGGCUUCUUCGGCAAGGCGGUUAGGGGCGGGAAGCCGAUAGAGCGCUCGUGCGUGGGGUAUGCUAAGCUGAUAACGUGA